GCGUGAUCCCGAUGUCGCUGAUGAACAAGCUGGUGGCCCGGGACGCGUCCUCGCCGUGCAUCAUUUACCGCAUGUGGCAGUGGGUCGCCGUGCGCAUCGCCCUCGACUUGCUGCAGGGGCGAGAGGAGUUCGAGGGCGUGGACCCGGACGCCCUGCGGCGCUACGUCGAGGACGGCCGGCUGCCGUACCUCGGUCGCACCCGCAGCGUCGUGUUGGAGGAAGACGUGGACUGCGCCGUGCUCGUGCAGGGCACCAUGAGCACGCUGGACAAGGGCCGGCGGGUGUUCUUCGGGCCGCAGUUCGUGCCUGAGAACGUGCGCUGCCUCGACAUAGAGGGCAACCCCGCCACGCGUCCCCUGCCCGUGCUGCUGCUUCUGUGCAAGCACCGGUACCGACUGCCCACCGAGCUGGACUGGCAGAACAUGCCGGGCGAGAUGUUCUCCGCCGAGCCCGAGUACCGGACGCGCACCAUCUCGCGGCGGGGCCGGCGCCUCUCGGCGCGGUCCGGCACCGCCAGAUGGCGCUGAGUGCCCGCCGCGCGCUUCGAUCGAAGCGCCACGCGACGGACGCGGCGCGCCGCUUAUGAAUAACGCACGAUAGAAUCCUUGAUAAAAGACAGCCGUAUCACCACUUCGUACACAGACCUGCGCCUUCCCCUCGCGGCCGCCUUAUCGUCGGCGGUAAUCGCGCUUUCGAAACCUCUGUGCCAACCGGCGCAUUAUUAGUGGCUUUCAGUAUGGUUGGACUCGGUACCCCAAUACGCUUGCAGACAUUUUGCAAGCAUCGACACAGACGCAUGCGAUCGAAGGAGCUAGCAAGGAUGGCAUACGAUGCAACUUCCAAACUUUAAAUAAGCUAUUAUCAAAGACAGCGUAUAAUUCAGAGGGUUGCAUGGUACCCUGCUAGGUAUUCCAUCAGCAUAGGCUGCGCUUAAUUCGUAUCUUUUGCAACCGUUCUUGCGAGUUUGCUUUUGACUUAAUACGUAUAUGAAGUAUAGUGUACCUUUUGUGCAAUUUAUGCCUUUUCAUGAAAAUUUUCAUCACAUUAGUUUAGCUGUAUCACGUCAUUUACGAAAGACAGUGAAGGUUAGUUACCCCUAAAAGUAUGCAAGGAAUUAUGCGAUGUUUCUAGGUCACUGCAAGGAAAACAUUUGUCCAAUGCUACAAAUUUGUUCGCAAUCCUGCCACGGAUGUUUGAUGCAAUAAACACCUUCAACAGAUAUGUUCAUGUGGCCCUCAUUUAUUGUGUCAAGUGCAGCUUGAGGUCUGUUAAAUGUGGGGCAACACACCACAGCAUUUCAAGGUAUUCUUUAGCCUCUGGCAAAGUCAAAUUAAUUGGCUCUGUGCACUAUGGUAACACCAAAUAUUUGUGCGAUAUUGAAAAAUGUUUGUGUAACCUUGCGAGGUAUUAGUAGGUGUAAUAAAAAGUUUGCACAUAUGUUUCUGAGUACUGUUUAUUGUUUUGUGAACAGUCACCCAUAAAGGCAGUGAAUAAAAUUAAAAAUGGAAUGUAAUUUGCAUCCAUUAGAAUGCAAUGCUGUGCGAUGAGGUGCGUAAUCAUGGGACACGUCAUCAGUUAAAAAUUCGCCCCGGGCAGGGUGCUGGGUUCAAUCCUUGAAACGGGACGAAUUUUUCGACGGCAAAGCUUUCCUUUUUGAGAAGCCCGUCAGUUCCUUUGUAGAUUCAUGAAAAAUUGACAAUUUUCCCUUUCGUGAACUCUUGCUUUACCUUUGAAGCUUCCACAGAACUUAUAUGCCAUAUUCAAAGGAAAAGAAUAUUUGCAUCACACCUUUCCUCUAUGGAUGGAUAGCUAGCACAUGUAUUUAGACAUGCCGACAAGGCAGAGCACAUUAUCUACUCCUUUAUUCACAGCAGAAAAACAACACACAUUGCCACAGAAUGAUGACAAAGCACCUAAUGGAAACAGGCUGCUAACUGUUUGCAAAGCAAAUUGGAACUCUGUAGACCACACACCAUAAAGCUGUGCCAAACAAGCAAACAUCAAACUUUUUUGCCCAUGAGGAAACUGCCGGCCCCCCCUGGCAGUAACUGCCACCGCUGUCUUAAAGGCACACUACAAUGAAAUUGUACUUUGGAUAAAUUAAUUAUGAAUAGUAUAUACAGUACUGAAGCAAUCUUGGCAAAGCGGAAAGACUCGUAAUUCUCGAAAUUUAUUUGCAGUGUUAAAAUAGUCUUUAAGCAAAUGACAAAUGCACCUGGCGGUUAGCGGACAUCACAUAAACCUCCAGCAUGUUGCCUCAAAGAAUAUUUAGUGCGCUGUGGCCACCACCCAAUCUCAGUAGGAAAGUCAUACUGAGGAGCCACAUUGGUUCUCAACAUUCCGAGCCAAGCAUCACUCCUGCCAAACAAUAAUGGCGACUUUUCGUUUCUCCCAGUAUUUCUGGACACAUCCACUCAUAUUUCAAACCUAAAGUCAUGGAGGUUGCUCUAUACCUACACUACCUAAAGCUAGGCUUUUCACACUAGCAAAAGUUUUGUUGUAGUUGGGCAAAAGAGUCGCAUGCAGCACAAAUGCAACAAAUGCUAUAUCCACGGCCAAGCUCGAAACACAAAAGCACCUUGCACGAACCCACCUGCCUUUGUACUCCUCCUCCUCACACUUAAAAA